AGGCGCUCGCUACCGUAUCCAGCUAACAUGCAGGCCGGAAAAUGCCUCGCAAUUAUAUGCUAUCUACUGAGACCCUGCCUGUUGUUACCCUACCAGGAGCAGAAGAGAUGGAAGAAGAUAUCUUCAGUAGAAUAGUAAAACAAACAAAAGGCACCAAGAGGCUGAUCCGUCAGGGAGACAUAGCUGUGCCGCUCAGCCGCAGUGCCCUGUCCUGCCCCGGGCAAGCCUGCUUCUGGCCUAAGUCCAUUUCUGGACUUGUCCUUGUGCCUUACACAUUGUCCUCUGAAUACUCCUCCGUUGACACUGCAGUCAUCCGUUCAGCCAUUGAGGAAUAUAGUUCUUUAACUUGUAUUCGUUUUGUGGAAAGGAAAACAGAGGCAGAUUACAUCCAGAUCCGCUCAGUUGAUGGGUAA